ACCUCUAUACUGGAGACAUCCAACAAUAUUGCACCGGGCCGGCAAUCUUAGCCUCCUCAGCUAAAUGUAUCGGCAAAUGUUCCAUGAUAUUGAAAAAGCUCGGCGGAAAUAUUUUUUGGAGAUGACAAAGUGUAAGCACAAUCCGAGACUAGAGGUGGUCUAGGUCAUCUACUUGCAGAACCUUUGAACAUAACUGCCUAAAAAAAUUACAUUGCUCAAUCAGUGGCCCAACCACUUUCUUAUGCAAUAAACCCCUCACAGCAAUUGGUAAAAGUUGUUGCAUUAAUAUAUGACUAUCAUGGCUUUUUAGUCCAGAGAUAGUUCGUUGUUUAACAUUAACACACCGAGAAAUAUUUGAUGCAUAGCCAUUUGGAAAUUUGAGUUUCUUUAGAAAUGCACAAAAUGCAUCUUUCUCCCCAUUGUCCAUAGUGAAGCAUGAAGGGGGCAAAUAAAAUUUGUUACUCGCUUGUUGUGGGUGCAAGGCCUUUCGAAUGCCCAUUUCUUGCAAGUCUAGUCGAGCAUUCAGAUUGUCGUUCUCUUUUCCAGCAACAUUUAAAAGAGUCCAUAAUAAAUUGUCACAAACAUUCUUCUCAAUAUGCAUCACAUCAAGAAUAUGUCGAAUCGGAUUGUGCUCCCAAUAAGCCAACUCAAAGAAAAUGCUUUUCUUCUACCAAUUGUAGCUUAGAUGAGUCUCGUCAUCUUCAUAUACCCCAUUUAACCUCCUUUUUCGCUUUCUGGAAUGGCUGCUCUUGCCAUCCUUCCCAAAGUUGUUUUGAUAAUCUGAAGGAAACAUUUGUAACACAUAUGUACCCAAAAGUCGAGCUGGAUUCAUUUAACUUCAACAGUGCCAUCAAAUGGCAAUUUAUCUUUACGAAAUCCAUGAUCUUGACCCAACCAGCAUCGAUGCCCCAUGUAACAAAGCUUUUUUCCAUUUGUCAGCCAACGGUAACGGGUGUGCAUAUGACAACAAGGACAAGCUAAAUUACCUUUUGUGCUCCAUCCUAACAAAUUUGCAUAAACCGAAAAAUCAUUGAUUGUCCAUAAUAGCAUUGCCCGCAUUUGAAACAUCUGGUUUCUAGAUGUAUCAAACGUAUUAACACUAACCUCCCACAACUCCCUCAAUUCAUCCACUACAAGGCGCAAGUAUACAUCAAUGUCAUUUCUGGGAGCAUGAGGACCAUCAAUAAUC